CAAUAUGUCUGGCAACGAGAUCUAUCAGACCCCUCUGGCUUCGCGCUAUGCGAGUAUGGAGAUGAAACGUCUUUUCUCUGCGAAAGAACGUUCAGAAACAUGGAGAAAACUUUGGGUCUGGUUGGCGGAGGCAGAGAAAGACCUGGGGAUCCCGAUCAGCGACGAGGCAAUUGCACAAAUGAGAGCACAUAUCGAGAUGAAUGAGGAGGACUUCAAGGUUGCUGCUGAAGAGGAGAGAAUACGACGCCAUGAUGUUAUGGCACACGUAUAUGCUUUCGGUCAACGAGCCCCAGCUGCCGCUGGCUACAUUCAUUAUGGAGCAACCAGCUGCUAUGUCACUGACAAUGCAGACUUGAUCUUCCUCCGCGAUGGGCUCGAUCUCCUGCUGCCGAAGCUCGCUGGCGUCAUUCAGAAACUUUCACAGUUUGCACUCGAGUACAAGGGAAUGCCAACUCUAGGCUAUACACACAUGCAACCAGCACAACUUAUAACUGUAGGACGCCGUGCUGCUCAAUGGGUUCAAGAUCUAAUGAUGGAUCUGGAAGAUUUCGAGAAAGUCAGAGCCGAUCUAAGAUUCAGAGGAGCGAUGGGCACUACUGGCACGCAGGCCAGCUUCAUGGAGAUUUUCCAUGGAGAUACUGCCAAAAUCGACCGUCUGAAUGAGAUACUCUGCCAAAAAGCUGGAUUCCCACGAUGCUAUAGCAUUUCUACACAGACCUACACGAGAAAGGUUGACCUUCGCAUUGCCAACGCUCUUUCUGCGUUUGGUGCGACUGUCCAGAAAAUUGGUUCGGAUAUCAGACAUUUGGCUGCACAAAAGGAGAUUGAAGAGCCUCGUGAGGCAUCUCAAAUUGGUUCAUCGGCAAUGGCCUAUAAGCGUAAUCCUAUGCGCUGUGAACGUAUUUGUGGUCUCGGACGUCACUUGGCAAAUUUGAGCAAAGAUUGCUCUGACACCUUUGCUUCUCAAUGGUUCGAGCGGACACUUGAUGAUAGUGCUAUUCGCCGAAUCGACAUUCCUCAUCUCUUCCUUGCUGCUGACGCUAUCCUGCUAACCCUCGACAACGUAUCCUCCGGUCUGGUUGUCUACCCAAAGCGCAUCCACGCACACAUCAUGGAAGAACUUCCCUUCAUGGCCAGUGAAAAUAUGAUCAUGAAGAUGGUUGCACUUGGCAAGUCAAGACAAGACGCGCACGAAGAGAUCAGAGUCUUGAGCCAUCAAGCCAGCAUCGUCGUGAAAGAGGAAGGAGGCAAGAACAACUUGAUUGACUUGAUCAAGGAAUCCGAGUACUUUAAACCAAUCUGGGGUGAAGUGGAUGCAAUGCUUGAUCCAAAGCUCUUUAUUGGUCGUUGUGCGGAACAGGUCACCAGGUAUUGUGGGGAAGGUGGUGAGGUCGAAGAAGCUCUCAAGCCUUACAAGAAGCACGUAGAUGCUGGUAAGGCUGUUGAGCUGACGGUUUAGGGACUUCCAGAAUUGUAUGUCUAGAGUGGUAGGACACUGAUAGCGCGAAUAUCCGUGAACAAAAGAGUUGAUUUGACUAUGCCAAUCCGGAGAUUCCUUCUUAUGUACCUGCAUACCUGCAUUGCGAAACUGCUGGUAUGUGCACCCCUAUUUGAAUAUAUAAAAUCCCAGCUCUAUAGAUAAAAAGCC